AGACCUUACCAGUGCUCUGUCUGUGGGGAGAGCUUCAACUCAACAGCAAACCUGAGGAAACACAGACAGUCCCACACUGGAGAUAAAGGGUCUGCUAACAUGAAGAGGGGUCGGCUCCUGAGGUCGUCCCACACUGGAGAGGGGUCUGCUGCUGUUACGGGAGGAUUUCAGACUGCUGGAGGUGAUGCUCUGGGAAGCGUGGUCAAAGAUAAAAGCUCUCUGGAUCCUGACCCAGGCCACGGUGAAGGCUGCAGUCAAACAUCUACCAUAUAUAUCGAGAGUAAAGAAGAAGAGGAGGAGGAGGAGGAAGUUGGUGGUUUGAUAAAUUCUGAAGGAGAAGAAGUUCAUUGGGAUUACCUCAGUCCUGGAUCUUCAGCAUUGCAGGGCCCGAAGUCAGUUUCUGAAAGGUUUGAGAACCAAGUUGAAGACGAUGAUGAUGUGGAAGAAGAGGAAAUUGGUGGUCUGAUCAAUUCAGACGGAGAAGAAAUUGGUUGGGAUCGUCAUCGUAUCAGACAGCGUGUCAGCCGUCCUUCUGACAGCGAGGAGAGUCCCUCCGCAUCAGGAGAACCUGAACAACACCAGGAGGAUCCCAACAACACCAAGUCUCACCACUGCUUUAGAUGUGGGAAAGACUUUGCCAACAUCUCUAACCUACGGCGACACCAGAAGAGACACUCAGGAGAGAGUUCUGAACACAGAUCUGACAGCGAAGCCAGGAAGUCCCACUGCUGCCCAGAAUGUGGAAGAGACUGUAAGAAGCUAUCAGCUCUACAAAAACACAUGAAGAUCCACACCGGAGAGAAGCCGUACCCUUGCUCCGUGUGUGGGAAACAGUUCCGUGAAAGAACAGCCCUCCGCGACCACCAGAAAGUGCACACGAGAGAAAAACCUUACCCUUGCCCCGACUGUGGGAAGAGGUUCGCUCACUCAGGAGCUAUGAAGAGACACCUGCUGACGCACACCGGAGAAAAACCUUACUCCUGCUCUGUGUGUGGGAGGAGCUACACCCAGAUAGGGCGACUGAGAGAACACGAGCGAACACACAGGUCGGUUCUAUGUUAAGUUUAGAUGUUCGGCUGUUUAGUCUUUGCUGGCUCCUUUUUAGUCUGCCUAUCUUGUAGUAUUAGUCACACACAUAUAUAUAUAUAGGUUUUAGCCCGUUUUUAAAAAGCAUUUCUACCGCUGUUGCUGAUGCACAUCAGAUCUGGGCCACAAAACUUCUCAGAGUAGAAGUGCUGAUCUAUGACCUGUCCAUAUAAUAUUAUUCAUUAUGAUCUAAAAAGGCUAAACUGAU